AUGACCUUCUUUAAAAAAGGCAGUAAUCAGGACCCCGAAGGUGUCGCCGAUUCAAAAAGGGCUUCCACCGCCUCAACAACAGCACAAGGCAAACGACGUGUACUAGUCAACAUUCCCUUGCCCCCCAAUCAGCUCGACCAAUAUGGAGAACCAUUGCAGAGUUAUGUCACAAACAAAAUCCGCACCUCAAAAUACACCCUGCUGAACUUUUUACCCAAGAAUCUAUUUGAACAAUUUCGUAGGGUGGCAAAUAUAUAUUUCUUGUUUCUGAUUAUUUUACAGGCCAUUCCCUCGAUCGGUGGUGGUGUGUCAAUCCUCGUGAGUGCUUCCCCCCUAUUGACAAUCAUAUCGAUGACUGCUUUAAAGGAUGCUUUCGAGGAUUGGAAACGUCACAUGCAGGAUACGACACUGAACAAAUCAAAAACCACGAGGCUAACAAAUUGGAAAAAUGUAAACGUGCCCGGCGACGAAGCUCAAAUGAGGAUAUGGCACAGUGUUGCCAGUUACCUGGGCUUGAGAAAUAACAAGGUCGCCGAAAAUCCAACAACCGAUUUACCUUCACUACCCAGUCAAUCAUCGUUCAACCCUUCGUUAACCUCUCAACAGGAACUUUUGUCAAAAACUGGUGGAGCACGGUGGACGGAAAGUCGCUGGCAGGAUGUUAAAGUAGGUGACAUCAUACAACUGAGGAAUAAUGAUUCGGUGCCGGCCGAUAUUAUAAUCCUGUCAACCAGUGAGCCUGAUGGUCUGUGCUACGUUGAAACGAAGGAGCUCGACGGCGAGACAAACCUCAAAGUACGUCACUGCGUCUCGGCUACUGCAUCGACGGUUACCGAAAGUGAAUGUGAACGCGCCACAUUCUACGUACAAUCCGAACCACCACACCCAAAUCUUUAUUCUUACACCGCCGUGAUGCAUUGGUUUCAAAAACCCGAGAUGACGGAAGAUGAUCACGAAAUCGAACCAAUAUCCAUUAACAAUGCUCUCUUACGCGGAUGUGUGGUCCGCAAUACGGAAUGGAUAAUUGGACUGGUCAUGUUCACGGGAACCGACACAAAAAUCAUGCUGAAUUCCGGAGAUACUCCAAGCAAGAGAAGCAGGAUCGAGAUUGAAACGAAUUUUCAAGUCACUAUGAAUUUCAUAAUUCUGUUCAUCCUCUGCUUUGGUUCCGCUAUAGCUGGCGCAAUUUACUAUGUCCAACCCAUAAGUUCGGCCGAUGUCUUUGAGUUUUCUGAAAAUAAUGCUGGUGGUGCUGUAGAAAAUGGUUUUCUAACCUUUUGGACAAGUCUGAUACUAUUUCAAAACAUUGUGCCCAUAUCACUAUACAUCACCAUCGAGAUGGUGAAAACUGUUCAGGCAUACUUUAUCCACUCUGAUAUCGACCUGUAUUAUCCGAAACUUGAUUAUCCUUGCACACCAAAAACCUGGAAUAUUUCCGACGAUCUCGGUCAGAUUGAAUACAUAUUUUCCGAUAAAACUGGUACACUCACUCAAAAUGUCAUGGAGUUUAAAAGAUGUACUAUCAACGGAGUUUCCUAUGGUCAAGGGGAGACGGAUGCCACCCGUGGCGCGAAACUGGCGGAACCAUCGUCCGCCAUCACUGAAGACGGAUUCGAUCUCGAAGCUGAAAAAAAAUUGAUGCUACAAGAGAUGUCCAAGAUAUUCGAAAAUAGAUACGUGUCAUCGAACGUCACCUUCAUUGACUCCAAGUUAUUCCAAGAUCUCAGAUCAGAGGGCGAACAAGCCAAAGCGAUUCAGGACUUUUUCUCGGCUCUCGCGUUGUGCCACACCGUGCUCGUGGAACGUCCUGAUGAAAAUAACCCUUUCAAGAUCGACUACAAGGCUCAAUCUCCUGACGAGGCCGCGUUGGUGGGUUGCGCACGGGACGUGGGUUUCGUUUUUCUGGAGCGAUUUCAAGAUACGCUCGCCAUUGAGUUGCUUGGUGAGCGUAAGGAGUUCACCUUGCUCAACGUGCUCGAGUUCAACAGCACACGGAAGAGAAUGUCUGUGAUCAUUCGGCCUCCAGAGGGUGGUGUGAUUCUCUUGUGCAAAGGCGCAGAUAGUGUGAUAUACGCACGACUGGAAAAAGGGCAACAGACCAAACUGAAAGAAGAUACACUUACAGAUUUGGAAGUUUUCGCUAACGAAGGCCUUCGUACGCUUUGUAUAGCAUAUCGCGUGAUACCCGAUGAAGAGUACGCACUGUGGUCGCAAAAGUAUGCUGAGGCCGCGUCCAGCAUAUCAGAUCGCGAGGAGAAGAUUGAACAAGCAUGUGAAAUGAUUGAACACUCUCUGAUUCUCAUGGGUGGUACGGCAAUUGAAGAUCGUCUUCAAGACGGUGUGCCCGAAUGCAUAAAAACCUUGUCCACCGCGGGCAUAAAGAUUUGGGUGCUCACCGGCGAUAAGAUCGAAACCGCCAUAAACAUUGGUUUUGCCUGCAACCUACUGCAAAAGGAUAUGGCGCUGAUCGUCGUCACGGCUUCAGAUAAGCAAAGUACUGCUAACCAACUCAAUGAUGCACUAGAAAAAUUCUUUGGAUCUGACGCGAAAUCAUCCGGCCUGAGUAAUAAACAUGCCUUGGUUAUCGACGGCGAGACGCUCAAAUAUGCGUUGGACGAUUCUUUGAGGGGUUUGCUUCUGGAUCUUGGAAAGCGGUGCAAUAGUGUGGUAUGCUGUCGCGUCAGUCCUCUGCAAAAGGCUAAGGUUGUGGCAUUAGUAAAGGAGGGAUUGAAUGUUAUGACGUUGUCCAUAGGAGAUGGUAAAUUUAGUUUCUUUUGUGAUGACAUUCGUUCAAAAAAUAUUAUGAUUCAAGAGGCAAACGUCGGCAUCGGUAUCGCCGGAGAAGAAGGUCGGCAAGCUACGAUGGCGGCUGACUAUGCUUUUGCACAGUUUCGAUUUUUGGAUAAACUGCUGUUGGUUCAUGGACGGUGGUCGUAUAUUCGAAUUUCCGAGAUGAUUUCAUGUUUCUUCUAUAAGAACAUUGUGUGGACGAUCGCCAUGUUCUGGUAUCAAUGUUGGGCGGGAUUUACGGCGCAAUACUUAUAUGACUACACGUAUAUAUUGUUAUACAAUCUCGUAUUUACGGCGGUUCCCGUCAUGUUUCUCGGUGCUUUCGACCAGGACGUUGACGCGAAGACCUCACUAAAAAACCCACAACUAUAUAAACGUGGUAUCCUUCAACAAGAUUUUACGAAAUCAAAAUUCUGGCUUUACGUUUUAGAUGCAGUCUACCAAUCGGUCGUUUGCUUCUUUAUACCGUGGGGGCUGAUGUUAUAUGGAUCAUCGCACGCGAAUGGAUUACAGAACAAUGGGUUAACUGAUUUGGGAACAAUGGUGGCUGGUUCUGUGGUUGCCACUACCAACAUCUACGUCGGGCUAAACACAAUGAAUUGGUCGUGGAUAGCGUUUGUGGUCAUUGGACUUAGCAUUUUGUCAUUUUACGUGUGGGUAGAAUUUUAUUCGCUUUGGUAUAUUGGAUUCUCUAGAAUGGACCUCAUACUAUACACCGAGAUAGAAUUUUGGUUUGCCGUGGUGUUGGCAGUGGUGCUCAGCAUCUUACCGCGGUACUCCGUCAAAUACAUUCACAAGACAUACUGGCCGAGUGACAUGGACAUUGUACGUGAACAAGUGUACAUGAGAAAGAAGAGCAAGAAAGGGAAGGUAAGGACAAGUUUCGUCGAGGAGGUCAGGGAGGAAGACAAAGUACCAAUCACCAGCGAGAUUCCCGACUCCGCGGAUCGAUCAUUCCGCACUUUAAGUUAUAUCGCAUCGGAUGCCGGUCAAGAGGUCGCAUCGUUCACCGACAUAACGAUUACACCAUCACCGUCGACAACGGAUGUAUCACUUAAACCGCGAUCUAUGGCGAAAUUACCUAAACUCACCACUCUAAGGAAAUCACGAACCGAUUCUAUACGCUCCGUGGAACAAUUAUUCCACAUGGGCUCGGGAAAACGGCAAUCGUUCACCGGCUAUGCAUUCUCGGGCGAGGACAGUUCGUUUGAAGGAUUUCGCCGAUCGGUGUACCGUCCAAUAAAUCCUGGUCGGAGUCAAUUAAAUAUGCUGCAUCGAUCCAAUACAUUGACCACCUCAACACCGUCCGAAUACAGCACCAAUCGGCUAUCAAUCCUGUCGACCUUUUCACUGAAUAGAAGCCGAACGCUCCCCAGCAGACUUUUAUUCAGCCGGUGGUCGCCGAGUCCCAGUCGGUCACCGUCUCCGAUAAAGCCAAAUAAUGGAUCUAGUUGCUCAUUGGUGGAUGAUAACAGUCAUGUGAGACGACGACGAACGGCUAGCAGUGAGGGUGAAGAGAUGGAAUUGACGAUAAUUUCACCAUAA